AUGAUCACUUCCACCUCCACUGCCAUCACCUCCAUCUCCACCACCUUCACCUCCACCAUUGCUUCCACUUCCACCAUCACCUCCACCUCCAGCACCAUUACCUCCACCCUCACCUCCACCUCUGCCAUCACCUCCAAUUCUACCAUCACCUCCACCUAUACUAUCACUUUCACAUCCACCAUCCCCUCCACCUCCUCCACCACCAUCACCUCUACCUCCACCACCACCACCACCUCCACCACUGCGUCCACGUCCACCACCAUUACGUCCACCAUCAUCAUCUUCACCUCUGCCAUCACCCCCAAUUCUACCAUCACCUCCACCUAUACCAUCACCUAGCCAUCCACCAUCACCUCCACCUCCUCCACCAUCAUCUCCACCACCUCCUCCAUCACUAUCACCUCCACCUCCAUUACCACCAUCACUAUCUCCUGCACCUCCACCAUCGCCUCCACUUCCACCAUCACCUCCACCUCCAGCACCAUUUCCUCCACAUCCACCAUCACCUCCACCUCUACCAUCACCCUCACAUCCAUCAUCACCUCCAUCACCAUCACUACCUCCUCUACCUCCACCACUGCCUCCACCUCCAGCACCAUUUCCUCCACAUCCACCAUCACCUUCACCUCUACCAUCACCCUCACAUCCACCAUCACCAUCACUGCCUCCCCCACCUCCACCAUCGCCUCCAACUCCAUAAUUACCCCCAUGAUCACUUCCACCUCCACUGCCAUCACCUCCAUCUCCACCACCUUCACCUCCACCAUUGCUUCCACUUCCACCAUCACCUCCACCUCCAGCACCAUUACCUCCACCCUCACCUCCACCUCUGCCAUCACCUCCAAUUCUACCAUCACCUCCACCUAUACUAUCACUUUCACAUCCACCAUCCCCUCCACCUCCUCCACCACCAUCACCUCUACCUCCACCACCACCACCACCUCCACCACUGCGUCCACGUCCACCACCAUUACGUCCACCAUCAUCAUCUUCACCUCUCCAUCCACCAUCACCUCCACCUCCUCCACCAUCAUCUCCACCACCUCCUCCAUCACUAUCACCUCCACCUCCAUUACCACCAUCACUAUCUCCUGCACCUCCACCAUCGCCUCCACUUCCACCAUCACCUCCACCUCCAGCACCAUUUCCUCCACAUCCACCAUCACCUCCACCUCUACCAUCACCCUCACAUCCAUCAUCACCUCCAUCACCAUCACUACCUCCUCUACCUCCACCACUGCCUCCACCUCCAGCACCAUUUCCUCCACAUCCACCAUCACCUUCACCUCUACCAUCACCCUCACAUCCACCAUCACCAUCACUGCCUCCCCCACCUCCACCAUCGCCUCCAACUCCAGUACCAUUACCUCUACCUCCACCACCAUU